AUGAUUCCUGUUAUUGCAGUACUACUUUUCCUUGCCUCAUCCCUCUUCUUUAGUUUUCUUAUCCAAAAAAAGAAGAGAGUAGUACUCCCAGCAAUGCCCCCUCUCCCUCCAGGACCAAGCCCAUGGCCGAUCAUUGGGUGUCUGCCAGAGAUGUGGAGGAACAGACCAGCAUAUAAAUGGAUACAUGACCUUCUGAAACAGCUCAACACUGAUAUUGCCUGUGUACGAUUGGGAAAUGUUCAUGUGAUCGUAGUCAGAUCACCUGAAAUUGCAAGAGAAUUUUUGAAGAAACACGACGCAGUUUUCGCAUCACGACCCAUUACUAUGGCUACUAACAUCUUAAGUAGUGGGUACUUGGCAACAGCCGUUGUACCUUUGGGAGAGCAGUGGAAGAAAAUGAGAAGAGCUUUGGUUGCCAACGUGUUUAAUCAGUCCAGACUCCGGUGGCUACUCAAUAAGAGAAACGAUGAAGCAGACAAUCUUGUGAAGUUCCUUUACAGUCAGUGCUCAACCAGUGAGAAUGGUUCGGUGGUGAAUGUGAGAAAUGCAGCCCAACAUUACCCAGCAAAUGUGAUGAGAAGGAUGAUCUUCAACAUGAGGUAUUUUGGCAAAGGAAGAGAGGAUGGAGGGCCAGGACUUGAAGAAGAAAGACACAUCUCUGCGCUUUUCACAAUACUCUUGCAUUCGUAUGCAUUCUGUGUAUCCGAUUACCUUCCAUGGCUAAGACCAUUUGACAUAGGUGGGCAUGAGAAGAAAGUGAGGGAUGCUUUGAAAAUUAUCAAGCAGUAUCAGGACCCUAUUAUAGAUGAGAGAGUACGGAAGUGGAGGUGCUCUAAUCAGGAAAAUAGGAUCAAGGAGCCUGUAGAGGAGGACCUGCUUGAUGUUUUCAUCUCACUCAAAGGUGCAGAUGGGCAGCGUUUAUUGUCAGUUGAAGAAAUCAAAGCACAAAUCACUGACCUACAACUUGCCACAGUGGAUAAUCCUUUCAAUUCAGCAGAAUGGGCUCUUUCAGAAAUGCUGAACCAACCUGAUAUGCUUACAAAAGCACAAGAGGAACUAAAUAGGGUAGUGGGAAUCCACAUGCUUGUUCAAGAAUCUCAUAUCCCUCAUCUCCCUUACAUAAAGGCUUGUGUAAGAGAAUCGCUCAGGCUGCAUCCAGCUGCACCAUUUAAUCUGCCCCAUGUCUCAUGUGCUGAUGCCAUAGUAGCAGGCUACUUCAUCCCAGAGGGUAGUAGUGUUCUUUUGAGUCGUUUAGACCUUGGUCGUAACCCCAAAGUCUGGGAAAACCCCUUUAGAUUUGACCCCAAGCGUCAUCUAAAUGGACCUGCCAAUGAACACGUGGAUCUAGGUGAACAUGAGCUAAGGUUCAUUUCAUUUUCUACUGGAAGGAGAGGUUGCCCGGGUGGUACGCUUGGAACAAACAUAACUGUGAUGCUCCUUGCUAGGCUUCUUCAAGGGUUUACAUGGAGCAUGCCACCCAAGGUGGAUGAGAUUGACCUCACUGAGCAGGCUCAAUCCCUCUUCAAGCUCAAUGCAUUGUAUGCGCAUGCUAAACCUCGCUUGCCUGCUGCUGUGUACCUAAUUUAG